AUGCUGCUGUUCAUAAUAACCCUGCUUAACGUUAUUGAUUCAUUGAUUGGUUGCCGAAUAGACAGCACUCUUCAUGGCGUUUACAAACGACAGAUGCAUUCAAAUCGGAACCUCAUUUUUGACAGCACCUUUAAAGAUCCAAUAGUUUACGAUGAGAUAACGAUAUCCGCAACGUCUAUAAGCGACUAUGGUGAUUGCUACGAACAAAUUGGACAGUCAUACAUCUUCGGAUUAAAAAGAAUGGGUCGUCCAAUCUGCUAUCGUUGCAUCACACCGAUCCUGAGAUCAGCAAAUAUUAUACAGUUGGCUCUUCAACAAGGAGCAAAUCCAGAACCAGCCACAUGUUAUAUUGAUGGUCGUUUCUCGUUGGACUACAGCCUCAAGGGAGCAAACUUGAAAUGUGAAGCAGGAUCCGGUAGUGAGGUGGACAACUGCCAAUCAUCGAAUAGCCUAGCUGUCAAGUUCCGCAAUUGUUCUUUUCCUGAUUUUGAUAUGUAUCUAAAAUGUGUCGGUUCAUUUCGUGGACCAAGUAAUGAACGCUACAUUAUUCUGGAGAAUGAGGAGAGCGAAGAAUACCGUUGUGGACUGCUUGUCACGUCAUCCAGCCAAGAGCUGGUUAUCCAUUUUUCGAACGACUCCUCUUGUGCGUUGUUAUCUGCAAGCACCGCUUUUGAAACAUAUCGACUUCGUCCAGUACAAUCGGAACAGGUGUCAUCUCCAUGUCAAUUCCCAAACUGGAUUCGAGGCGAAUACGACUCGCUUACAGUAACCGCCGAUUGGUUAGAAUACGCUCCAAUUGGUGAAGGAAUGGUUGCUGUGAUAUCCAGAUGUGUACAACUGAACGAGGACCGGGUAAUGGUGUACUCGGAGACAAAAUGUGGCGAACCACUUGGUUACCAUUGCCUGUGGUUUGCACCACGAAGUGAAAGCCUCAUCGAAUUCAAAACUACCACACCACGAGAAGAUUCCAAUUCCAGCAUAUGUGGUGCGGACGAUGAAUUUGCGCAAUGGCCGUGGACAGCAGCAGUAAUCAACAAUGCACGUCCAUCAACUUGCGGAGUAGUUGGACAGUAUGCAACACCGAUUGAUCUGCGAACAGAAGACUGUUACAAUGUUAGUGUCGGUUGUGAAAGUGAAUCUUCAAUAAAGAUUACUGCAUCGCACUGCUCAAAUGAUGUCGUGUUUGACUCUCGACACUAUCAAUGCAUUGCAUCAUGGAGAGACGAAGAUUCACUUUACUUAUAUACACUAAAAGAUCAAGACACCCGUACUUGUUUCGUAGCACAUUUCUCAACGGGACGUUUCUAUUUGUCCUCAACUGGUGCUCAUUGUACGAGAGGAUUCAACUUUGCGGAUAAUGCUGAGAAAACAAUCGUUCUGGAAGAGAAAUCUGGCUGUUCCCCUACAAAACCCAAAACUGCGAGGAGACCGAUGAGUCCGGCUAUGAAGUCAUCCGUUACAGCAGUUCUUGUGGAGCCAAUCAUUGAAGGAACUACGGAACGAUCGAAAGCCGAGGAUGAAGCUCAGUCCGCUUUAUCAGAGGUUGCUGACCCCCAGUGGACUUCUGAUCCUAUGUUAUCUGCGGUUCCAAACGCUUUCUUUGCUUUAUGGAUAGUGCUUUAUUGUUUGAUCGCGUUAUAG